AUGGCGAACGCGUCAUCGGCAGGGGCUUCUCCGAAGCUGAGACCUCUGUCCACGACUGAGGGAUUCAUAUGCGGAGGUAUCGCCGCAUGCAUAGCUGUUACAUUCUCGAAUCCUGCAGAAGUCGCGAAGACUAGACUUCAACUGCAAGGGGAGCUUGCCAAAGAGGGUGCUCCGAAGGUCUAUGGAAGUGCUCUCGACGCACUCGUGAAGACAUGGAGGAAUGAAGGAAUUCGAGGUUCACAGAGGGGCCUGGGACCUGCAUACGCGUAUCAAAUUCUCCUUAAUGGUUCUCGGUUAGGAUUCUAUGAGCCGUUCCGACAUUCCAUAAACCGUCUCUUUGGUCGGGCACCCACUGAACAGAUACCCGUCACGUCUGUGAUGGCUGGUGCAGCGAGUGGUGCCGUCGGAGCAUCUCUGGGAAAUCCCUUGUUCUUGAUCAAGGCUCGGAUGCAGGCUUUCUCACCCGCCCUUCCCGUCGGGACUCAGCACCAUUACAAGAGCUCUUUCGAUGCCUUGUCUACAAUUUUCAAAGCCGAAGGGUUCGGGGGUCUAGUGAGAGGUAUCGACGCAGCGAUCUUGCGAACUUCUAUGGGAUCGUCCGUACAAUUGCCCACCUAUAAUUGGACCAAAAACCAAAUCGUGAAGCGAGGGUGGCUACCUGCGGAUAGCACGUGGACAUUCUUGGCCAGUAGUUCUGUCUCCGGUGCUUGUGUAUGCUUAGUAAUGCAACCCGCGGAUACGGCUCUGACGAGAGUGUAUAACCAGCCCACAAAAACCCUUCCAAACGGCAAGCGAGUCGGUGCAUUGUAUCGCAAUCCCAUUGAUUGCCUAUGGAAAACGUUUAAGACAGAGGGGGUACUUGGGUGGUAUAAGGGCUCGACAGCGCAUUUCUUGCGCAUAGCACCUCACACGAUCAUCACGUUGACUGCCAACGAUCUUAUCAUGAAUCUUUACAAAAGGAUAAGAGACCGUGGUAGUGCCUGGUGAACGCUCCAGAUCGUACAGGCGAUUACCUUACUAAAUGGUAUCUAGACGUUGCAUAGUACAUUGGAUUUAAUGAUUCCACCAUAUGUACGACUAAUUUGCACCCAU